GGACAACAUGGAUCCGUCGGUGGGAGGACCCGGAGUAGACGACAGAAACGGUCAGUCGUCUGCUCCACAUUCCUCUGAUAUUCCUGAACAGAUUAUAUCAGACAUGGAUUCUUCGACGGACGCUGACAAAUAUGAUACGAAUGACAAUGGCGCACAAUCAGCCGCGGCUAGGGUGGGACAGAGCGAAAGUAGCUGUGUCAACCCGGAAGCGAAACUUUUCGGAUGGUUGCAAAUCCUCACACGUGGUAUAAUCAAAACAAACAGACAACGUUUCUGCGUGUUCGGAGAUAGCACGUGCAAGCUAUAUAUUUACCGUAAUCAGCAUGAUUUUCUACCUUUGGAUGAAAUUGAUAUAUCCAGGGCUUCUUUUCAUUUUAACGCUGGAAAUACUGGAAAGCCCGGGAGUUUUGAAAUCAGGUCUGGAGGGAAGGAGCACCUCCUGGAUGCCUCUGACAGGCACUCGAUGAUGUACUGGCUACAGGAACUGCAGAAACGGCGCAGACUUUAUAACAUGGCAAGAAAUUCCCUGUCGCGCGACAGACUGGGCCAGUGGAACGUCAGGAGAACGCAGGGCAACAUUAGUGGGCUGGUUUCCAGGAAGGAUGAUAUCAACAUGGAGGUAGAGAUUGGACAGAGUGAUUUCCCUUUCAUCAAAGCACCGGCGAGUCUGCUGCUCGGACCACCGGAGGAUAACACCAUUCCCAGAAAACAGUCUGAGAGCUCCUCCCCGUCCCCUAGCCAAGAAGAACUAGUGACUCCCGAUGGAUCUACUCCUGCCCUCAGACAUGCUCACAUAUCCGCCGUCAAACCGGGGGGUAAAGUUGGCAAAUUCAAGACAGCAUUUGGGAAAGUGUUGAGUAGGAAGUCUGUGAUAAGUGACGAGGAAACAGCACCCAGCAUCUGUAACAGGUGUAAACUGCUCCAGAAACAGCUGAGCAACGCCCAGCAGGACCAGCAGGCUACGGAGGAGGAGUUACAGGCAAAUAGGGAGAUUGUCCGUCUGCUGCAGAAAGAGUUGGAUUCCAUCACCAAGGAAAUGGAAACAAGAUUCCAGAUGAGUACACAAGAUAGAGAGGGGUUCCAGGGAAUGCUGAAGGAACGAGACAAACACAUUAUAGAACUCAAGUUUGGUCUGUCCUCCAUGAAGGAAGAGAAGGAGUUAUUAGCUCAACAACUCAGGGCAAAAACAGGAAACUUAUGCAGCAUCCAGGACCAAUUAAAGAUGUUCGAAGAUAUGCUAGCUGCCAAAGACGAGACUAUCAUCAAACUUACGAACAACCUUUCUGAAGCUGAGAAAAAGGUGGCCGACGGAAAGGCCAAUGGUUUUGUAGACGUCUCUGAAGCAACGACAGUACCACCAUUAGAUUCACUCAUAUCCAACUCCACACCAGGACCUGUAUCAGACACAAGGGAAAUACAGAGACUCAAGGACAUGUGUGCUGCAUACGAAACCCAGAACAAGUUCCUUACCAACGAGAUACUGGAGCUGAAUGAUCUACGACAGCACGAUGAAGACAACGGCAAGACUCUGAUGAUGAGCUAUGCACAGCUGGAGGCAAAGUUUUAUCAAACCCACAGCAAAUAUCUUAUUCUUCUGAAGGAGUUCAAACAGCCUGUCAGAGGUGGACAGGAUGAGGUCCAGUCCCAGGAGAUGGUCACUCAACUCCUCUCAGACGCACUGGACCUGGACGAAAAUGAAGACAUGGAAUAUAAUCUGUUCACCUCCAGUGGACAGGAGCAUGACCGGUAUGGCUUCCUGAAGAAGUAUGGUGGGGAUGAAGAUGAUGAUCCCCUUAUCGCCAAGGCUACAAAACUAGAGAGGAAGUCUGAGGAGCUGUCCACCAAGAUCAAGGAAGCAGAUGAGGUCCAGUCACAUUUGGUCAAGUGGGACAACUUUAUGGUAGGCCAGACAGGAAAACCCCUUGUCAGGUCGGCCGAACUGAAGGGACUGGUACGCAUGGGGGUUCCUCAUGAGCACAGAAGUCACAUAUGGAAAGGGUGUGUGAACUUUUAUGUGAAUGACAACAGAGAUAAGUUGGGUCCACACUACUACAAGGGUCUGAUCUCACGGUCAAGUAAUACCACCCAUCACGAUCCUGCUGCCAAACAGAUAGAACUGGACUUGUUAAGAACCCUGCCGAACAACAAGUAUUACGAGAGUUCAGAUUCGGAUGGUGUAGCCAAGCUGCGACGUAUAUUAGUGGCCUACAGCCUUCAUAACCCAGUCAUUGGAUACUGUCAGGGUCUGAACAGACUGGCGGCCAUUGGUUUGCUGUUCCUAGAGGAGGAGGAAGCUUUCUGGUUAUUAGUGGCCAUUGUAGAACACAUCAUGCCAAAGGAUUAUUACAGCAGAACUCUGAUAGCGGCUCAAGCUGACCAGAGAGUUCUGAAGGACAUGGUCCAGGAUAAGUUGCCUCGUCUGUAUGCCCACUUCGAGUCCCACGAUGUCGACCUGUCACUCUUCACCUUCAACUGGUUCCUCACCAUCUUUGUAGACAACAUCCCAGUGGAGACAUUUCUCAGGGUGUGGGACGCUUACCUGUACGAGGGAAGUAAGAUGCUGUUUCGUUUUGCUGUGGCCUUUUUCAAAAUGGCAGAGGAGGAUAUUUUACAACAGGAUAGUACACUGGCAGUCAACCACUAUAUGAGAGUUAUAGGAGAGAAGAUGGUUAAUGUUCGUAAGAUUUCACAGUUCGCCUUUAACUGGAUCAACCCUUUCCCAAUGAAGAAUAUCGCCACCAAACGGCAGUUCUACCUCCAACAGCUCAGGGGUGAACUUGCGGAGCUGGAUCGCCUAAGAGAAGACAUUAGGAGCCAACGUACCACAUCUGAAUACAGAGAAUUCUUCAGUGAUGAUGAGUUAUAGCACUCUCCUUGUGCAAUGGCAAAUGUUUGUAGAGUGUUACUUCUCUAAUACGACCUCUGAGUGUUCUGUCCAAUCCAACAUAAUUCUAUAUUCACAUGUCACAUCAAAACUACCAAAUAUGACAUGUGUGUUCAACUCAGUAUCUGACUCUCUGUUUGAAGCAAGCUGGAUUCCAGUUAGACAUUCAAGAAUAUCAACCUCGCAUUGAGAUUUCUCUGUUAUUCUUCCCAUCAGGGAUGUCUGACAAUGUCCAGGAUUUACUACACCAUAGUAAGCUCAAAUGAACAAGUAAAUACAGCUUGACUGUUGGAUGUUUCAGUUGAGAAACUAUGUUGGCAAUGCCCUGAGUAUGAGAGAUUCAACACAAGAUUUAAUAGCAUUUGGAGGUUGCUCCUUCAAUAUGCUGCUGUUAAUGGCUGUUCAAUGAUGACCCCACCCUGUUGUUAUUAUGUCAAAGACAUGAUGCCAUUUUUUAUGGAUAAUAAUAGUGAUAUGUCAGUUUCCCUGCUUGGAACUUCGUGCUAAUUUUUCCCUUGUUUGGCACAAAGUGCCUGUAAAUGUAUGCAAUGGUACACCAUCUGUCUCUCGUCCAGGCUAUAUUUUUCCUUUAUACACACAACUUGAGGAUCCCUGAUGUAAUGAAACAUUAUAUCUGAUCAGUAUUGCUUGCUGGGAUGAGUUAAGGACUAUCAACUUAGUUCAACUAAAUGAUCUUGACCCAAUAUCAAGGUCACUGGGGCCAGAUAUGUUUAAAACUUCAAACAGCUUCAAAAAUAUCCAUGGCCUUGGUCUGUAGUUUGAAGGGCUAUCAAAUUUGUUCAAAUAAAUAUGACCUUUAACCACUUUGAAGGUCACAGAUGUAAAAUGUGAUUUGCAACAAGAUUCAAUAACAGGUGAGUGAUAUAUCAGGCCCAGUGGGCCUCUUGUUAAAAUGAUAAAUGCAAUGUAAAUGAACAUUAUAUUGAUAUGUGCAAUACUAUUGUAUAAACUUGUCUUGUAGCAUUUUAGAUUCGAAGCAUUCCAUUUUGAACAUAAUAUGUACUAAAUUAUGUAUUACAUUGAUUCUCAUUUUGUUGUUAGUACACAAAGGAGCCUGUAACAAUGGUUUGUACAAAAUUUAUUAAUUAUUUUAUAAGAUUUUUAAUCUACCAUAUUUUCUAACAAAUGUGUUUACAACGCAGCCUUAAUAAUCCAGCCUCCUUCAUUUCCAGCAUAAGCUUAAAGGUGAGUGGAUUGUGAAACAGAUGGAUUAAAAGGACAAUUUAAUGUAUGAAAAAGGGCUAGUAUGUCCCCUAAAACACUUAGUGGAUUAAGUAGGUUUGCCUGUAGUCUACAUAUGGCUAAUGACUUGAAGGAAUUUAUUCAGCUGAAAUCGGAUUUUAUAUAUUGAUAUAUGAUAGAGAAACUGGAUGAAGUCUAUUAGAGUUCUAUUAUAGCCAUGGAGUUUUGUAAGUUAAGUUUUUUCUGAUCCAAUAGACUGUUCUGGUGUUCAUCUCAAUUUCAGUACUUGAAUGACUGUGUUGGAGAAUGCUAGCAGUCUUAGGACUAUUUCCCACCAUACUGAUUUAAUUUGUGUAUUUUGACAAACGUCCAUAUUUACUUUCAUCAUACCAUUUCUAUGUACAUUUCUUUAAAAGAUUCUAUCUUAUAUCUUAUUCUUUAUAAUUUAUCUAUGGCAUAUGCAAAUUUUUCACAUACAUUACCAGUCAUUAUAGAGAUAUUUUUCUUGAUUGUAGUGCUAUUAUUAUUAUUAUUAAAUUCCCCACCAAAUCAAUGUAUGUAAAGCCUAUUUAUAUUAGAAACAUGAUGUAAUCGAUUAUGUCAACAAGUAUGUGAAAAAAAUUGAAGUUGUUUUUAGCUCACCUGGCCCUAAGGGCCAAGUGAGCUUAUGGCAUACCGUAGCAUCCGUCGUCUGUCAACUUUUUACAUUUUAAUCUUCUUCAAAACUACUGGGCCAAUUUUGACCAAACUUGACAUGAAACAUUACUAGGACAUGGGGAUCUGAAUUCAUGAAAUUUAUGGGGCUACGCCCCCAGGAGCCUGAGGGGCAGGGCCAAAUAGGUAAAAAAAAUGGAGUCAUCUUUGAAAAUCAUCUUCUCUACUCCUACAAGUUAUAGAGAGUAAUGGCACAUUUAAUUAUAAUCAUCAACUAGCCCUCUUUUGAAUUUAUGAAAUUUAUGGCCCAGGGGUCAAGGAGUCAAGAGGUAGGGCGGGGUCAAUAUUGUGUACUUGUUAUGUAAUUAUGUAUUUAUACAUUUAAUUUUUAUUCUUCAAAAACUACAGGGCCAAUUUUGACCAAAUUCGACUUGGAAGAUCACUAGGACAUGGGGAUCUAACUUAAUAAAAUGUAUGGGGCUGCACCACCAGGGGCCUGAGGGGUGGGGCCAAAUAGGUAAAAAAUGGAAUAAUCUUUAAAAAUCUUCUUCUCUACUCCUUCAAGUAACAGAGAGUAAUGGCACAUCAUAAUCAUCAACUGGCUCUCUUUUGAAUUUAUGAAAUUUAUGGCUCUUGGGUCAAGGGGUCAAGUGGUAUGGUGGGGUCAAUAUUGUAUGUUAUGGAUCUUUAAAACAGUUGAGAUCCCCACCCCAUUACCAUAUAUAGUAUUGCUGGGCAUCAAGAGAUAAACACAAUUAUGAUGUAAAAAUAGGCCCUGGGGUCUUUCUCCAUCCGUAGGAACUUAGUUUCUGGGUUAUAUCUUUGAAACAGUCGCGAUCCCCACCCCAUAACAAUAAAUAGCAUUGCUGGGCAUCAAGAGAUAAACACAAUCAUAAUGUAAAAAUAGGCCCUGGGGUCUUUCCCCAUGCCUAGGGACUUAGUUUCUGGGUUAUAUCUUUGAAACUGUUGAGAUCCCCACCCGAUAACCAUAUAUAGCAUUGCUGGGCAUCAAGAGAUAAACACAAUCAUGAUGUAAAAAUAGGCCCUGGGGUCUUUCUCCACCGCUAGGGACUUAGUUUCUGGUUUAUAUCUUUGAAACAGUUGAGAUCCCCACCCCAUAACCAUAUAUACAAUUGCUGAGUAUAGAAAGACGAAUGCACAUAUGCUUCCAGGAAGGCCCUGGGGUCUACCCUACCCUUGGAGACUUAACCCUGAGUCAUAACUUCGAAAUGGUUAAUAUCCCCACCCCUAAACUAUAUAUAUAAAUGCUGGGCAUAAAGAGAUGAAUGUAGUUAUGAUAUGAGAAUGGACCCCAGGGUCUGCCCAACCCUUGCAGACUUAACCCCUGGGUCAUAACUUUGAAACGGUUGAGAUCCCCACCC